UUGCGGCAGUCGCCCGUCAGGCCGGUACCCAGCGCGAAAAAACACAUCUGUACCGCGCUCCGCGACUACAAACCCCAUUUGAUAUACAAAAUUCAUAUAAAAAUUCGCAAAUUCGAAUUUAAAAAUCGAUUCGGUUCAUAAAUAGUUCGUUUUUGUGCGACUUUUGUGCUGGGAACAACAUUUCCAGCGGCACAUGGUAGUGAAGCCCGCGGUCCGCUGGGCGUAGAGCUUGCCCCCCCGUCCCGUACCGCCCCCGAGGCUGCCACCAGAUGAUCGGCUCAUUCUGGAACCUGUGCCGUGCGUGCCCUUCCAUGCCUGUCGAUAAGCUUCACUCGGAGUACCGUAGCACGUACAGAUGGCACGAGUACAAAGAACAGCAGCAGCAACAGCAGGGCGUCGUCAAGCAGCCCGCGCCCACACCGCCCUCCGCACUGCCCAUAAACAGGGGUCCGAUGGAGCCGGCGAUACCUCGUCGCAAGAAGUACCCUGGCGUGGCGUACAAAACCAAUGAGAUAUUCGACCCUGCGCCUGCCGACGAUAUCCGACCCCAUCCUAACUCCGCUUACGGACGAGCUAGGAGCGUCCAAAGGGAUGAAGUGGACCGAGCAGGACGACGUAGCAAGUCCGAGGGACCGCGCCAGCCGCGCUGGACUGACACCGUCGAACCUAAGGCUACAACAGCGCUGGGUGAGGUGCUGGCGGCCAAGGAGCCGGAGGUAGCAGUGUGCACGGAGUACCGCAACCAGUUCGCUUGGCCCAAGGAUUCGGAUACGCCGCGCAAGAGUAUCUCCAUGGGCGCGCUUAAGAAAGCUGCAGUGGCUGAAGGAUCAGUUGAAGCUGAACCUCUGAUGAACCACGUGGACGGCGACCAUGAUGACCACAGAGAAAAACGAUACAUUGAAGAUUAUCUGUGGAACGGCCAAAAGCCGGGAGUCCAAAGAAAAUCGACGUUCCGUAGCGCGCUAUCGGCCCUCAUAUACAACGGGGAGGAUCGUUCCAAAGAUAAUAGGAAACGUUACAAAAGCGAGUACAAAAAGAAAUUUAGACCGUUCUCUCAGUACGUGUACGAGGCAUCUAAAGGGACGUUUACGAAAUGCAGGGGGAAAGGAAAGUCGAAUGAGGAAGCGAGCGAGAGGUUGGUGGUAGAGGCGAGCGAGAGCGGGGGGCCGGGGCCGGGGGCGGGGGCAGGGCCCGGGACGGGGGCGGGGGCGGGGACGCGUGGGGCCGCGGGCAACGCGGGGCUGAGCGCCGCCGCCGCCGAGGACAGCGCCAGCACGCUGCGUGCCGCCGGCCUGCAGCCGCUCGGCCUCGCGCAGGGCGACUCCUGGUACCGCGAGGUGCUGGACCUACGCAAGCGAGCCGGCGAGUACAAGUAUCGCGGCUGGGGAACCGAACUAGCUCCUGAACACAUCACUCAGCUUUACAAUAAGCAAAUCGAGCUCUGGUACCAAGUCUCCCGCCGGUCCUCGCUGUCUGCCCUAUCACUAGCUUCCACCAGUCACAAAGCUCUCCCUCGCGAUGAGAAAGAUGGCAAGGAGUCUAGGAACCACUCCCCCAAGAAGUUCAGGUCGUUCCGCUCAGCGCCGCACCAGUCUAUUCACGCUAAACUGCAAGAGACCAAGGCCCUGGAGAGGUCUCCUCACAAGACGUCGCCGCAGAAGCAGCGCAAGAAACUUCAAGGCCAUAGCUUCGACGAAGGUGCUACUCAAGAAGGUGCUAAGACGGAGACGUUCAGGUCACCGCGCCGGCGGCCGCGCUCCGCCGACCCUGCGCCCGUCGCCCGCGCACCGCACUACGAGCCGCGCCCGCACAAGCCACAAGGUUUGCCGUUGGGUAGUAAUAGAGUUAGGUCGACAUCGAGGGGUGGACGGUCGCCCUCGGCGUCGGUCAAAUCUGGGGCUGGGGCAAUAAAUGGGACAAACGGGGCAAUCGAAACGCCCAGCCGGGGACGGCGCAGUCGCAGCAUUUCAAAAGUGGGCAUUAAAUUGGAUGAUGAGAUUCCCGCUCACCGUAGCGCGUCCGUCGCGAAGGACCAUUUCUUCGACGACUCCCCCGUGGUCAAGUCACCACCAGAGCCGACCAGGGUCAAGUCUCCGGAACAGCUGAACAUGCGGUCUCCCGACCCAGUCAACUGGACCGUGCCUCUUGACACUGGCAAGACGUUCACCGUCACACAAAACGUCAAAAGCGAUGAGAGCGUUAAGCGCCCUAGCUCUGAGUUUAAGGCUGGCUCCGUGGCCGAAGAGGUUCCAUCCGUGAAGCCGGCAGAAAUCGCUCCGAUACAUCACCAGCAAAUGUCACCGAUACGUUCGCUGAAAAAGAGCGAAUCGCCGACGAGUCUCGGCAAGCGGACAGACAAAACUCCUACGACACCGAUCAGCCUCACUCCUAUAGAUGAGACGAAGGCUUUAGACAUGAAUAAAGUUAACGGUAUUAACGGCAUCGAUAGUAACCAAUUGACUCCUGAAACUCCAGUAAAGGAAACUAUAAAAGAAAAAGAGGUAGUCAAGAAAUCGACUGAAGCGACUCAAAAAGCGCCCGGUGUGGUUGACACCACGGUUGUCAAUGAACCUAACACAGGCGGUUUGACAGCGGCCGAGGUGCUCGACAGAGCACGCAAUAGAUUCGAUAAGUUCUGGGGCAAGAAAGAGGAAGACACAGUUUAGUCUAUCCCGUUAGUAAAUCGAUGAAUUGUGACAGUUGAAAAGUAUUUUAACUAGCAACACCAAACGAAAGAGAAUAAAAUGUCAAAAUAUAUAAAAACAAUACCACAGACAAAACGCGUUCCGUUUCAGGUAACUUGUUUUCAAAAUGUCACAAUUUUCGACUGUUGAUAAUAUUACGCGGUAUUUAAACGAAAGCUUGCUUCACGUUAUACGAUGGGUCGUGAUGUACCUGUUUAUUUAAUAUUGCCCAAAAUACAUGAGUCUUUUGAACAGGAGUGUGGUGGCUUUUUAAAGUAGAACACAUUUAUAUGUAAAGAAAU